AUGGAGCAUAACAAUGUUAACCUAGUUGAAUGCACUCUCAGGAUUGAUCCAGCUGUGUUGAGAGAGCUACCAGAGAGAUGCAAGAUAACUUCCAUCAAUGCUCAUGGAGUCAGCUUUUGGGCCAAGACUGGUCGAAUUGAUGUUCUGCUCAGCGAUGGUACGCCUCAGUCGUUUUUCGUCAAGGUCCUUUCGGAGGAGAUAGGCAUGAGCAUGACAAAAGGAGAGUUUCAUUCUAUGAGCGCGAUACAUGAAGUCACACCAGAAUUUGUCCCAAAACCCAUCGCUUGCGGCACCUACGACACCAUACCAGACACACACUUCUUCCUCUGCGAGUUUCGAGAAAUGACGGAGAAAAUGCCCGACCCUGACCAGUUUGCUUCUGGUUUGUCAAAAGUGCACCAGAAAAGUGUAUCUCCUACUGGAAAGUUCGGCUUCCACAUCACAACUUACGCAGGAAAUUUACCCCAGUACGUGGCAUGGGAAGAUAGCUGGGAGACUUUCUUCGCCAAGUCAAUGAAACAGGCUCUUGAUCUGGAGAUCCAAGUGAAAGGAAAUAGCGACGAGCUAGAGGUUCUCUCGGAAGCACUUUUCGAAAAGGUCAUCCCAAGGCUCCUAAAACCUCUUGAGAGUCACGGCAGAACGGUGAAGCCUUCACUAAUCCAUGGGGAUCUCUGGCAUGCGAAUGCAGGGAUCGAUGCCGACAGCAACCAACCCCUAAUCUUUGAUGCAUGUUGCUUCUUUGCGCAUAACGAAUAUGAGUUUGGACAAUGGCGACCAGCAUGUAAUAGGUUUGGAGAUGAGUAUAUCACUGCCUACAACAAACUUGUCCAAAUUUCGGCACCUGAAGAAGACUUUGAGGGUCGGCUGGACCUCUAUAGGCUGAGAUUUGACACUCACGUGUCAGCCCUUUUUGUAGGUGACGAGACACUUCGCACUCAGUGA